CACGCAUGCGCGGUCCGCUCACCACCGAGCCAGGAUGCUCGUGCUCGCUAAGCGCUCGUGUGCGCGCCGCUGAUGUUGCGGAUUUGACGGGUCGGCCGCCGGGACAGCGAGCGGAGGAAGACCGGAACUUAGGAAAUAAUGAACAACAAAUUUGACGCUCUAAAAGAUGACGAUAGUGGAGAUCAUGACCAGGACAACGGCUCACCGAAAGAUGGUGAGAAGGAAAGGAGUGAGGAUGAGGAAAAAGACCAAAACACUACUAAGAGGAAGGCUGUGGUUCCUGGGGCAGGGGAACACCCUCUUCAAUAUAACUACACAUUCUGGUAUUCCCGGCGAACCCCAGGAAGACCAGCCAGUACACAGAGCUACGAACAGAACAUCAAACAGAUUGGCAGCUUUGCUUCGGUGGAGCAGUUCUGGCGGUUUUACAGUCACAUGAUCAGACCAGGGGAUCUGACCGGCCACAGCGACUUCCAUCUGUUUAAGGAGGGAAUCAAGCCCAUGUGGGAGGAUGAUGCUAAUAAGAGUGGGGGGAAGUGGAUAAUAAGGCUGCGGAAGGGUCUGGCUUCACGAUGCUGGGAGAAUCUGAUCCUGGCCAUGUUGGGUGAGCAGUUCAUGGUUGGCGAGGAGAUCUGUGGGGCUGUUGUCUCUGUCCGUUUCCAGGAGGAUAUCAUAUCUAUCUGGAACAAAACGGCGAGUGAUCAGGCCACUACUGCUCGCAUCAGAGACACGCUUCGUAGAGUCCUUAACCUGCCACCAAACACAAUCAUGGAGUACAAAACCCACACUGACAGCAUCAAGGCUUGGGAGGAUUUCCAUGGACUGGUGAAUGCAAGUGGUGGCCGAUAGGUCUUGUUCGUUGGUGUGCCAUGCCAGUGGUAUAGUUACUUUCAGUGUGGAUGAAGAGGACUUUUCUAGGACAUCCGACUCACUUAUUUAUAAAAGUGUUUUUUUUUUGUUUGUUUUUUUAAAUACAAUACAAAAAGGGAUAUUGACUACUGGAAAGCCCAUUUUCCUGGUCAAAAUAUCUGAUCACCUAAAAUGACCCUGAGAGUGAAGGUGAAGUCGGAUGACCAGUAACAAAUGUUUUUGAAUAGUUGUUAAGAAAAUCUUAAGUCGGUGCAGAAACAAGCCUCAAAAACCGUUGUGACCUUGGUUCUGAAGAAGGCUGGUUAACAAAACCAAAAGAAAUUUGGUGCAUUGUUGUACAGAAAGUCACAUUGACCUCAUCUGGCAAGUUAUUCAGCUUCACAUAACCAUCAUUCUUAGAUAGCAAGUCCUUUUCUUUUAUAUUGUCAUAAACAGGGGUACAUUUUACUAUAGUGCAGUAUUUUAAUUUCAGUGUUUAAAAAUGUUUUGCUUUUGAAAUUGUAAAAAACAAAAAAUAUAUUUUCAAAGUUUUUUGAAGAGAUAUAUGAUGGAAUUUGCUCUUGAUCAUUUUUGUUUUUAAGCCGAGUGUGUUGAAGCUUAAAAGCCUAAAAGAUAUCGCACUGUGCCUGCUUCCCAGAAGCACUCAGCAUUCUGUGAUUUUGCCUUGGAAAGAAAUUUUCUAAAUUGUGCUGUCAGCCUAAAAAAGAAAUCCUGAUUCUCCUUUACCACCAAACAGAAUUGAAAAAUAAGAACUGUUGUGGAUUUGGAGAUUGGGGUUGAACAUGGUUUGUCUACAUCUCUUACAUACUGCCUGGAUUUAUAAACGCAUAUGUUCAAAGUAAUGUUUGGAUUACAGAUGACUGAAAGCAAUAAACGUCAAAUAUGCAGCUGCUGCUAA